AAGAUAAACUGUUAAGAGAGAGAGCUUUGAUCUGAAUUUCUUUCUUGUGAGAGAAAAAAACAGUGAGGAAAGAUGGCCGCUGCUAGGUCCGUUGUCGAGCUCCUUCUCCAAAAACUCGCUGACCCCCUCAUUCGACAAGCCUUUUUCUCACAUGGGGUUGGUGAUAAAUUCGAUUGGCUCGAGGCAGAAUUUAGUCGGAUGCGACCCUUUCUGAAAUACGCAGACGAAGUCGAGCAAGAUGGAGAUGAAAGAGUGAAGAAGUGGGCGGGGGAGGUGAGAGAUGCUGCAUCCAAUGCUGAGGACGUCGUCGAACAAGAUGGAGAUGAAAGAGUGAAGAGGUGGGCGGGGGAGGUGAUAGAUGUUGCAUACGAUGCUGAGGACGUCAUCGACACGUUUGUCUUAAAGAUAGCGACCUUGAGGCGAAGAGGAUUUGUGGGCUGCAUUAGAAGGUACGCUUUCUUCUUCAAUAAGUUGAUAGGUAGUCAUGAUGUGGGCUCGGAGAUGGAACGGAUAAAGACUGAUAUCCGUUCGAUCUCUGAAAGAAUGUCAACUUGCGGAAUUCAAAAUAUAGGCCAGGGAGCAGGGACGAGCUCUGCUAGUCUAAGCCUCGAACAACGCAUCCGCACUUUUCCUCUUACUCCAGAUCCAGAUUUUGUUGGUUUUGAGGAUGAUUUAGAGAGAUUGGUGGUUCAAUUGACGGAGGGGGGGUUGCGCCGUUCUGUUGUUUCUAUAGUCGGAAGGGCUGGUAUCGGUAAGACUACUCUUGCUAAGGAAGUUUAUAACGACGCACGUGUUAAGAAUCAUUUUGAGUAUUGCGCAUGGAUUUCUUUAUCACGACAGUAUGGUUUGAGACAUCCUCUGGAGAAGAUCGUUGAGCAGUUAAUGGAAGAGAAGGUAACGGAAAUGAAGGUCGCAGCUGGGUUUUAUAUGAAAAAAAUUUCAGAGUAUUUGAAAGAGAAGAGAUACUUGAUAGUAUUAGAUUAUGUAUGUACAGAACAAACAUGGGAUGAUCUCAAUGGUGCUUUCCCAGAUAUGAAGAAUGGAAGUAGGGUCAUGCUCACCACUCGCAACAGAGACGUAGCUUUAUAUGCAGAUGAAGAAAGCCACUUCCAUCAACUGCAAUUUCUAAACAAUGAAAACAGUUUGAAAUUGUUAUGUAAGAAAGCAUUCCCAGGACGAGAUGGUUAUUGCCCUCAGCAUUUGGAGGAGUUAGGAAGAAAGAUCGUGGAAGAAUGCGAUGGUCUACCUCUUUUGAUCGUAAUCACAGGAAGGUAUUUAUCAAGGAAAGAACAAACGGAGUGGAAGAAAUCACGUGAGAUCAUCACGGGGUUCCGGUGGUCGUUGGCGGGGCGGUUUGUUGAUGAAGAAAUCGAAAUUUCGGACAUAUUAUGUUUUAGCUAUAAAUAUCUGCCCUAUUACUUAAAAUCAUGUAUUCUCUACUUGGGCAAUUUUCCAAUGGACCACGAGUUGCGCACCAAGGAAUUGAUUCGACUGUGGGCGGCAGAAGGGUUAGUUGAAGAGAGACGGGAAGAAACAAUGGAAGAGGUUGGAGAAGAAUAUCUGAAGGAGUUAGUUGAGAGAGGUAUAAUUAAAGUCACAGGAACAAGUUCAAGCGGGGGUAUCAAAAGUUGUCGCAUCCACCCCCUUUUGUCGUACUUUUCCAUAUUAGAAGCCGAAGAAUGUAAGUUUUCGGAAGUUUACCCUCGCUUUAUGCGUAUUCCUCCUGCAAGCAGAGCCCGUCGACUUGCACUUAACCAUGCAUUUUUGAGUUUCUCCGCUCCACUCAUUCGCUCUCUGUUGGUCGACGCCUCAUCUGAUAUUUUUCUUUCCAGGUCAGAAGAGAAGUUACUGUACAGAGGGUUGAAGUUGCUUAGGGUGCUGCAUCUACACGGUUUCGAAAUAAAAAACCUGCCGAUUGAAGUGGGUGAACUAAUCCACUUGAGAUACCUCCGGUGUACCAAAACUUUAUUAAAAAGCCUCCCAUCAUCCAUAGCCAAUCUUCCCAAUUUACAAACUCUACAUGUAACGUCUCCUUAUGACAUCAACAUACCUAGCGCAAUCCUGGAGAUGCAACAGUUAAGACAUCUGCAAGUGGCGGGCUUAGUUAAGGUGAAUUAUUUGGGAUGGAUGGGAAAUUGGGGAUUGAUACAAGGGCAUCCAAGGCUUGAACAGAUAAGUAACCUGCAGACUCUAUCACAAGUAAAGCCUGGUGAAUGGAUUCAGGGUUGCUUGGGAAAGCUCACCAAUCUCAGAAAAUUAGGUAUAGCUUUAGAUACAGUAGCAGAUGCUAAUGUAUUGUAUGAAUCCAUUGUCAAAAUGGAUCACCUCUCCUCUCUGUCUGUAGUGACACUAGCGCAUGUAAACAGAACCUUAGGGUUGUUGGUACCUCCUCUUUCACAUCUUCUCAAGUUAAGUAAGUUGCAUUUGGAAGGAAAGUUAGACAAGUUACCCGAGUCUACUGAAUUCCCCACAAAUCUCACCAAGCUUACCUUGGCAUACUCCUGUUUAAAUCAAGAUCCAAUGGCUACGUUGGAGAAGCUGAGGAACCUUCGCAUUCUCAGAUUGUUGGGCUAUUCGUACGUGGGAGAGGAGAUGGUUUGCUCUGCAGAAGGGUUUCCUCAACUUGAAUCCUUACAUCUUCAAGGGUUAUUUCAAUUGGUGGAGUGGAGGGUGGACGUAGGAGCUAUGCCAAGUCUUUUACAUUUACAAAUCAGUACAUGCCAUAAUUUGAAGAAGCUUCCAGAAGGACUGCGACACCUGAAUACCCUCAAGACAUUGGGUUUGCAGUACAUGCUCAAUGACUUCCAACAAAGGCUUCAAAAAUACAGGGGAGAGGAUUGGCAUAAGGUUCAGCACAUACCCUCCAUCGACAUAAAAUAAUGAUUAAGAUGCAUCAAAUUCACUACUCGGAUCUCCACUCUUUGGUGGCCUAAAUUGAUUGUAUUGAAAAGCACACAAGGGAAAAGAAAUGACUUGCUCUACACAAGGGUUUCCUCUGCUGGAAUACUUGCAUUCUAAAGGACUGGAGAGUAGAUGAAGUAUCAAUGCCAAGCCAUUUGCAUUUGUGGAUUGAUGUAUGCUCUUAUUUGAAGAUGCUUCCAAAAAGGACGACAAGAAAUUGGAGUUGUGGAUCAUCCAUUCGGAAUUCAAAGCCAUGUUUCAAGAAGAUGAAGGAAAGAUUCGCAUAAGGUUCAACAUAUAUUCUUUGGUGAUGUAGGCCAUUAUUAAGAUGUGCUGGCGUUGAAUUCAUUACUCGCAUUUCCUUUACUUGUGAGGUAAAUAGGAAGACCCACUUGAGGUGAUCUCAGCAAUGGAGCUGGCCCAUUUCGUUGCAUUCUCAAUCUGGCAACUCUUCCUGCACCUACCUGAUCAUCAGCUUCACUGACAUCGUCACGGGCAUUGCCAACAUCUUCCCCACAACCACUGCCACGAUUACAACAAAGUGUAUGUAUAUGCUCGUCUUUCUACUAGUUUUCAAGCUUUUUUUUUUUUUUUUUGAAGAGGCAGGUUUGCAGAACACAGAACGCAUACUGAUGUGGCACAUGUUAGUGAUAUCUGAGCCAUUCAUUAAGGGAGAGCCGCCAUAAACAACCUCGGCGAAAAGUAGGCCAUUCCACUCAUCCUGUGGGGGUUUACCUUCAUAAGAAAAUGAACUGUUGAAGAAAAGACAAUAUAAAUUUAAUGCAUACAUUUGGACCACCUAAUAGAUAGGCAUUUUAUUUUUAAGAUAGUGCAUGUUUACAGUGGUUCCAUCAAAUGAGUGGCCCAAAUCUGUUACAUGCAUGCCAUGUUUGCAUGUGUGCCUUAUAUGCCUCUUUACAUGAAUUGCCAAUCGCCUCAGUAUGAUCUCUCUAUUGUCUUUGUUUCUCGUAUAAUAGAUUCCACACUAGAGGAUGGUGUUUGCAGUACAAUGCCAACCUAGCAAGUGUAUAGAACUUCUGGCUGGUAUAUAAAGCAAACCCCCUUUGACUUGUGAAGAUGACCAUAUGCAAAAAUCAAGUGAGUCAACUAACAAACGUUAUCCACACGUGUAUGUUUAAUUGGCACAACUAAUUACUGCUAUUCAUUUGUUUUAGGUCCUCAUAUGUGAUUGUUUGAUCCCCUCUAUAUAAUUGCUGUUGGAACCCUAUUCAAGUGGAAUUUCCUAAUCUUUGGGUUUUUUCCACUGCCAUUGCUGAUUUUCUAUUAACAAUUUAUUUGUAGGCCAUGGAUCGAAGGAUUAGGAACUUCCAAUUUGGGGCCAUCUUGCAUCCGCACUGAAAACCAAUCAGAUCUAUAGUUUGGGUCUACAUACCACAGCCCAUUUGUAUAGAAUGGAUGCAUUAAGACACUAUUUGUAUACCAGUGCAUCAGGCCUGCUGAUAGAUUUUAAUUACAGAUGUGAUAUAUGGAUUGUUACUUGUAAUAGGUGGAGCUAGUUGGCAUGUCUGAGGUGACUG